UAGAUGGUCAGGUUAGACCACUAAACAAAGAUUCUCAAUCAACCCUUGCUUGCUUCCUUUCUCUCUGCAACUCCAAUGGCAUUCCACAGAACCCCAAAGACCAAACCAAAACUGAGAUCCGCAAUACUCUUGCUCGUUCUCGCCAUUGCGCUCUUGUUCCUCCUUCCUUCCCUCAUUUCCACUAAUGGGUUGUCACUGCCUUCCUUUAGAGCCCUGGAAAUCGUUCUCAAACCCAAUAAUUGGACCCCACGGAAAAGAAUCCUCACGGGCCACGAGAAGUACUUGUACUGGGGUGACAGAAUCGACUGCCCCGGAAAGCACUGCGACUCCUGUGAGGGUCUGGGCCACCAGGAGUCCAGCCUCAGGUGUGCCCUCGAGGAAGCCAUGUUUCUCCAGAGAACGUUUGUCAUGCCUUCUAGGAUGUGUAUCAACCCAAUACAUAAUAAGAAAGGAAUCCUGCAUCACUCUGAUAAUGCAAGUUCAGAGGAAAGGUGGGCAGCCAGCUCAUGUGCCAUGGAUUCUUUGUAUGAUAUUGACCUCAUAUCUGAUACUGUACCAGUAAUUUUAGAUAAUUCAGAACUAUGGCAUCAGGUCCUCAGUACGAGUAUGAAGCUCGGAGCUAGGGGAAUUGCCCAUGUGGAAGGAGUUAGUCAUGCUGAUCUUAAAGAGAACAGUCAUUACUCAAAUCUCUUGCUCAUAAACCGAACUGCAAGCCCUCUUUCAUGGUUUAUGGAGUGCAAGGAUCGAAAUAACCAAAGUGCUAUAAUGCUGCCGCAUUCUUUUCUCCCUUCAAUGGUGGCAGAGAAAUUAAGAGAUGCUGCCGACAAGAUAAAGGCACUCCUUGGUGAUUAUGAUGCCAUCCAUGUUCGUCGUGGCGACAAGAUAAAGACGAGGAAGGACAGAUUUGGAGUUGAUAGGACUCUGCAUCCCCAUCUGGAUAGGGAUACACGUCCUGAGUUUAUCCUUCAAAGGAUUGCAAAAUGGGUUCCACCUGGAAGAACUAUUUUUAUUGCUUCAAAUGAAAGGACACCUGGAUUUUUUUCACCUCUCUCUGUAAGGUACAAAUUGGCAUAUUCAUCAAACUAUAGCCAGAUGUUGGAUCCCUUGAUUGAGAACAACUAUCAGUUGUUCAUGAUCGAGAGGCUAAUCAUGCGGGGUGCGAAAACAUUCAUUAGAACAUACAAGGAAGAUGAAACAGAUCUUAGCCUUACUGACGACCCAAAGAAGAACACUAAGACGUGGCAGAUACCUGUUUAUACCAUGGAUGAAGAGGGAAGCUGACAUGGGGUUCAUAAAUGGGGUGGUUCUCUGUUUUCUCCACACCUCAGUUCAUUCUUUCCACUCAAUUCUUUUAUGAUACGGACAGAAACUCAAAUAGAAAUCUCUUGACAUU